UCUCGGAAAGCAUCCAUCCAUCGGCAUCCAUCGGUUUUUGGGAUGCUGAGCGAGAGCUUCUGCUUUGGCAACGCGCACUUGGCCAAAAUAGUUGUUGGUUCGCAUGCAAAACGUUAAAAUCGCAUUAGCUGAAAGACAUUUUUAUACCAACGGCGCGUUUUUAAUUUUUUCUACACCACAACAACACAAAAAACAAAAAUUAAAAUAAAAUAAAAUAGACAAAGUAGAUGGCAGAAAGUAAAACAAAAAAGCAACGAGCAAAGCUAAACUAAACUUUUAACGUUUAAAAAUUCGAUGCGUAUACAUAAGAAUAAAUUAAUAAGCGCGUGCAUAUAUGAAUACAUAUAAUAAAUGAUAUUUCAAUAAUUUUCAAACAACACAAAAGUAAAAUGUUAGGAUGUAAUCGAAAAAAGCGUGUCAAGCCGUCCUCUUUACAAAGAAUCAACCCUCAGCUAAAGUAAACUACGACUUUUUAAAGUUAUAAACCUUAAAAAGGACAAAAACGAAACGUUGGUAGAAUAGCAGAACAAGGAGUGACUUGUGUGUGUUUUUUGUGUACAUAAAGACGGAAAGUAUGUGAAAUCGAGGUGCUAAAAUGGGCGCCCUCUUGCUUCUGGCCCACCUUUUGUGUCCGUGUGAAAUGCGUGUGAAAUAAAACAAAAAGAAAGGAAAAAUUGCGAAAAAAAAACACGAAACAACUACUACAAUCAGCAACGGUGGAAUUGCGAUUCAAUGUCACAGUCAGCGAGCAGCAUCUAUGUACCCAGCUACGGAUACAGAUACAGAUACUGGCGCCCAUAUACAUAUACCCACACCCACACAUAUGUAUACCGCUCACUUAUGUAGAGAAAAAGCCAUAGCCGCAGAUUAGUGAGCCAGUUUCAAGGGGCAAGAGACGAGAGACAACGGGAGAAAGCCAAGACGAAUACGACAAUCAACAUUCAUCAUACGCACCGUGGGACGCGGCGCAAAACGCAAAUGCAGACCCCGAUCGAUCGGUACCCAAAAGCAUCCACCUGCCAUUGACGACAUUAAGCAGCGCGCCGCGCGUGUUGAUGUGCAGCGCAUCCGUGGGCACCGAAGGAUCCGUGACUCUGCAACUGCGGGAUGCGAGUGCCUUGGAGACAGCCACGGCCACGAAAACAGCAGCCCCAUCAUCAGCGACAACGUCACCGAAUGGCGCUUCAAGUGCGCCAGCGUCGACGCUAGAAAAUGCGCUGACCAUCGGCUAUCCGGAUCCGGAAAUGUUGGCAGAUGUCUUGGGCACCAUUCAGACAGCCUCUCUCAAGAACAACAACUCAAUCACAGCAGCAACUUCAAGCAAUAGCUCGGCCAAGUCGGCCAGCAGCAAUCAUCUGAAUAAUCCCAACAAGAUAACGAUAACCAGGCGCAGUGUGCAAUCGGUUAGCACAUCCACGAGUUCGGGCAUUGGUACCAAUUCAAGCAAAAUCAAUACCUCGUACAUCAAGAACUGCUUGAUUCGCAGCAGCAGCUGCAGCAACACGGUCACCAAUGUCACCACAUUGGCGCAGAUUAUGAGCAACAGCAGCACGAGCAGCGCCUCCAGUUUACUCAAUCAGCACCACAAUAACAACAGCAACUGCAGUAAUAGUAGCAACUUCAGUACCGCCUCCUCCGUGGGCAGCAGCAUCAGUGUCGGCAGCAACAGCAGCAACAGCAAUUGCAGCAACGGCAGCCACAGCAGCAACAGCAACGACAGCAACAGCAGCAGCGGCGGUGUACACAGUUUGAGUUUCAAGGGCACCGGACGACAUGCUCCCGCCGGAGGACUGAGCUCAGCGGCAGUCACAAACGGUAGCGGUACCGCAAGCGGCAUCAGAGGCAUCAGCGGCAUCAGCGGUAUCAUCAGCGUCGAGGCGCCGCGAAAAAACCGACCGAAAUUAUCCUCACCAACGCGUCACGGACCGCAGCAGUGUCAGAUUUGUUGCAAGAUCUUUGGAAAUGCCUCGGCACUGGCCAAGCACAAACUGACGCACAGCGACGAGCGGAAAUACAUCUGUGCGCUCUGCUCGAAGGCAUUCAAGCGGCAAGAUCACUUAAACGGACACAUGAUGACUCAUAGGAACAAGAAGCCUUACGAGUGUAAGGCGGAUGGCUGUGGCAAGUCCUACUGCGAUGCGAGAUCCCUGAGGCGCCACUCCGAGAAUCACCAUGCGGGUGGGGCAGCCACGCCCACGCCCACCAGCCAAUCACUUUCGCCCACCGCCAACUCGAGCGGUACGAGCAGUAGUAGUGCCAGUGGUGUGGCCACCAGUUCGUUGAGUCUUUCGCCGGCCACGGCCAGCGGGGAUGCCAGUUCCCCGGACGGAGCCACCUGCAUCCGCACCUACAUUUCCACGGGCAGCUCGGUGGUGGAUGCGGCCACUGGCAUUGCCCUGUCCGACGAACAGAUCAAGGCCAUGAAUCUGCCCAUCAAGACGGGCGUCACCCUGCUGUCGCCCACCACCUCGACCUCCUCGAACGCCUCCUCCACGGCCUCCAGCUCAUCGCUUUCCUCAGUGGGUUCGGGUUCGGGUUCAAGUUCGGGAUCGGGAUCGGGAUCGGUAUCAUUAUCUGGUUCCAUUUCCAUGGCCGCCUCACCAUCUGGCGGUUCGAUGGUAGCCGCCAGUUCGCCCACCAUAACGCUAAGUGAUGGCAUGAGUCUGGAGGGCGAGGGCUUAACCCGCGAACAGCUGGAUUUGAUCAGCAAGAUUAUGCAGCAGACGAAGCAGACAAGUGCCCAGGUCACCGUCUCCUCGCCCACCAGUGUCAGCUCCUACAAGAUCAACACCAACUCCUCGCCAUCGCAGAACAGGCCGCGCACAUGGAAUAUGCAAUUGCUGAACAGUGCCCAAAAUGUGACCGUCACCGUAGAGGACAACUCCGAUCUGGUGGUGGCUCCCUCCUCCGCCAACUCGCCCGUGGAGAUCGUCAAGGAGGAGGAGCUGAGUCCGCAGAUCGUGGGCAACAUGAAUCCCCACCUGCUCAACAUCGUCAAGCUCGACAAGCCCGUCGAGUGCAAUCUCUGCCACCGUAAGUUCAAAAACAUACCCGCCCUCAAUGGGCACAUGCGUCUGCAUGGCGGCUACUACAAGAAGGACCCGGAAACGAAGCGCAGCGAGAAGAAGGACUCCAGUGGUCCGCCGCUGCAGACGGCCAGCAUCGGAGUGCGCGCCCUCAUCGAGGAGAAGAUCAUCAGCAAGCGCAAGGACAUGACUAAGGUGGGUUGGCAGGGGUCCUUUGUGGUUCCGGCACCGCCGCACAGCAGUGGCACCACCACCACGCUGCGUCGAUCGAUCAGCGACCUGGAGAGCUUCCUCAACCCGAAGAACCCGAGCACCAGCAGUCACACCCAGACGAUGACCACCAGCACGGGCACCACCACGGCGGUUCUGCCGGCGGCAACAACUAUUAAGAGUAGCAAUGGGUUGAGCAUCCAGCAGAUUGGCCUGCCGCAGAGCAUCGAGAUCUUCAGCGGGGGUCAGAAGGGUCAGGCGAAGACGCUCAAUCUGGGCAGUGGCACCAACACGAUCACCAUAACCACCAACAAUGUGCCCACCACCACGACAAUGAGUGCCCUGACAGCGUUGAAGGCGGGAGGCACCAUCAGCGGCAUUUCCACGGCCACGAAUACGGAUCCCAAGGAUUCUACACUCAUAGAGUUGCUGAAACGGGGAACUCGCAUUGCGGUGACCUCGAAGAAGGCGACCCAAUCGCAGUCCCAGUCUGGCAUAAUGAUGACCUCGAGUGGGACCAGUACAAACGCCAUGGGGGCCGUCACCGAGUUGACCACCAUGGGUGGCGGUCGUCAGAUCAUCACCAACAACAACCGCACCGUGAUCAUACCCUCCGAUGUCCAGGUGGUGUCCACCAAGAGCAAGCUGAGCAGCCUUGCCAAUUUGGUCAAGAGCAACCAGAGCAAUCUUUCGCUGGCCGAUGGCACACCACUCGCCCUGACCAUUGCACCCAAUCAGGAGAUCUCAGGAGGAGGAGUGGCAGGAGGAUCCAGUACGGGCAGUGUAAUAACCAGUGGUGGAGGUGGAGUCUACACGGUGACCUACACCAGCAGCGAUGGCACCGAUCUCUUCGACGAUGCCGAGGUGUACAACGUCUCGGACACCGAGAUGCUGCUGCAGACGGUGGACUCCAUGGAGCUGCUCAACGACGAGGAGAUCAAGAGUGAACAUUCCGAGGAUUUUGCCAUGCUGAGUGAGGCGGGCGACAGUGCCCACACCCAGUUGGUCAAGCUGGAACCGGAGCAGGGGAAUUGCCAGUCCGCAAAUACCACGCCGUUGCCUACCUUCCAGCAAUUCCAUUCCAAGGAGCUGAUCAUGCAGAACAGCUCGCAGAUCCAGGCGAUAGCCAGCAUGCGUAGUGGUGGUGGUGGUGGUGGUGGUGGUGGUGUCCUGGCAUCGCCACUCCACUCCCCCCUUGCUUAUCCCACUCCGCCGUCGAGUCACGAGAACAUGGCCCAGAGUUCGCCCUUCAUCGAGGAUGCAGCUGCUCAGUUUGUGGAUGCCAGCAAUACGUUUUUCGGCGACAAGACGGACUUCUCGCACAUCUACUUCAAAACGGACGAGGGCGAUGAGGGCACCAUUGAGCAGCUGAACGAGCACGACAACGAGAAGAUCCUCAAGCUGAAGUCAGUGCUGGAGGAGAGCAGCUUCGAUCCUUCCAUCAAAGUGGAGGAUCUGCUCAAUGGCACGGACGACGACACCGAAUGUGAUCUAAGGGAGUUUGCAGAGACGAAUCUGUCGUUUCUAGACGAGGAUCAGGAGUUCCUCAAUGACUCGCGGAACGCCACCUCCCCGCUCUCGGAAUCCUUCUUCACCAGCGGCAUUGGCUCGGCGGAGGACGUUAAGCAGGUCCUCAGGGAAGUCCUGCCCGACGAGAACAUGCAACUCCAGCUGAGCAGUGAGCAGCAGGGCGAGAAUAUCAUCGAUCUCUAUUACUUGCCCGGCUUGGGCCUGCAAUCUCAGAUGAUGCCGAACUCGGAGGACCCCUUGCUCUCCUCUUCCCCGCGAGAAUUUGGCCAGCAGAGACAGCAGAUGGCUAUGCAGCAGCCACUGGAUCAAAGCAACGGCAACAUCUACCAGCAGCAGCAGCAACAAGAGCAACAACAGCAGCAGCAAGCACAGUCGCAGCAGGAGCAAGCACAGCAACAGCAACAGCAGGAACAACAACAGCAAUUGCUGCUGCCACAGCAGCCACACAGUGCACUCAAUCAAACGGAAACAGCGGUUGGUCAGGAGCAGCAGCAGCAGGGUGACUUCAUGUUGCCCCUAGUGGGUGGCCAUGGAUUUGCUCAAGUCACCAGCCAAACGCAGUUUAUGGACAACAGCCAGGGGAUGAUGCCCCUCAACAGCCAGCUGCAACCACUGCUUUAUGGUGGGGCCACCACUUCUACACAGAACACCAUCGCCGUGGGCAACGAAACCCUGCUCACCACCGGUUGCCCACAAAUGAACGCCAAUCAAGGACAAAUCGAUGGGUCGGGCCUGCUGUUCGCCUGCGGCAACACCACAACAACCAUGGCUAGCAAACCCCUGCCCAAUUCGCCGAGUGUGGCCAAUCUGCAGCCGCUGUCGAACCAAACCAAUUCCAUACUGAAGCGACGCCUGCGGUCCAAUGCCCCCCAGGAGACGCACAAGUUCUCCAAGUUCCACACCCUGUCGCCGCAUCGCUCCAAGCUGCGCAAGCCGUCGCGCACCCAUUACACACCGGCACCCAUCCUGAAUCCGGAUCGCAAGGGCACUGGGCUGUACUGCAAUGUGCGCAAGCAACUGGGCCAGAAUCUGUUCGAUGCCUUCGACGAUGACUUCGGCGAUUCGGUGGGUCUGGUGGACUUCUCCGACGAGUCCAAGGUCAAUCUCGGCUCGACCUACCAGGCGCAAAUACCCAGCUGCCGGCCGUUGGAGGAAGCCAGUCGGGAGCCACUAAGUGCCGAGCUCAUGUGGAAUCCCGAGGUGCAGGAGGACGACAAGAUCCUGAUGCGCUACAUUGAUCUCAGCAAGUCAUCGGCCGUACCCAUGGGCAGUCAUUCCGAGGAGGUGGCCCUCCAGACGCUGCUCAAGGCCAAGGGAAACUCGGCGGCAGCGGUUCUCACCCUGCUCCAAACGCAAUCCGGCGCCUUCCAGAUGAAGUGGACCGCAUAUGAGCUGGAGCAGUUCUUGCGAGGUUUGGAGAAGCACGGCAAGGACUUUGGCAAGAUUGCCAGUGAGUUGCAGACAAAGACCUCCGGCGAAUGUGUGCAAAUGUACUACUUCUGGAAGAAGCUGUGCGUGGACUACAAGGUGUCGCAUUUGAAGAUGGAGCCAGUGGUCGUGAUUGCUCCAGCGGUGGAGAAGCCCUAUGUCUGCGAGAUUGCGGACUGUUCAGCGAGCUUCAGUUCGAAAGCGGCGCUGCACGGCCACGUUCGCAUACACGCUUAUGGCCGCAGUGCCAGCAGCAACACGAACAACAGCAGCAGCAGCAACACCAACAGCAGUAGCAGCAGCAGCAUGCAAAAUGCAGCGGCAAUUAUUGCCAAUUCCAGCAGCAACAACAGCAGUAGCAACACCUACGCAUGUGCAACGCUCUCCACCAACAACUGCAGCAGCAACAGCAACUCAGCCAGCAAUACUACGCAGGCAACAGCAACACACGCCGGCAACAUGAGUCAAAACGGCAGCAACAACUACAAUACCAAUGCAAAUGCCACGACAGCAACCUCGUCUGCGCUUUCAGCCACGCCCAAAUUGGAAUCAGCUACUUUACCAAUUGCCAAGGAGGGCGAGUUCCCCUGCAAGGUGUGCGGCAAGGUCUUCAAUAAGGUGAAGAGUCGCAGUGCGCAUAUGAAGACGCACCGCGUCCAGGAGCCAGAUCAAAAACACCAGCUGAACCACCAGGCCGGCACAGGAUUGGCCACCAUCGCCUCAUCAACCAUCACCACACCGUCGUAGGAAAAGGAUCGCAUCGGAUCGAACAGGAUGGAUAAGGAUCAAUAAACAAACAAAAAUCGAUUGACAAUCGCAUUAAGCAAGCAGCAAGCAUUGUUUACCACUCUUAGAAUUUAUGCUUAGACUAAUUUGAGUCUAAAAAUCAAUGUCAUAAUGUACGUAGUAGUUAAAGGCAUUUCUUCACUAGGUCUAUCUCUAUCUAUCUCUACCCUACUAUCUAUCUCUAUCAAUCACUUCUAGAUCUAUCCCCUAAGUAGAAGACACUGCGACUCGCACUAGUUUGUAAGUCUAGCCAAAGAUUGGUACAAGUUCAAAUUGAAUUGUUAUUGACUAUAUUGUAGGCAAGUGCAAUAUUUAUGUUGAAGUAAUACGAAAUACGAAAUGCGGAAUUCGGAAUUCGGAAUACGGAAUACGAAUAUGUAAAUGUAAAUGUAUACCUACCGUUUUUUAUAUAGUAGGCGUUUAUUCUGCUCGACUCGACUGUAGAUAUACUCUAAAAACAAUACCAAAACUAUGGCUAAAGCUAAGGCGAAAUCCCGAUCUAUGAUAAAUACUAGUGCAUAAUUACUGUUAACUACAAGUUUUUCUACUUAAAUACUCGUACAUAGUUGCAACACACUACACUGAUACUUUACUAGGGCGAUAAAUGUGUAGGACGUAAGAGAAUCUCUAUAUAUAUACAUACUUGAUAUAUAAUUACAUACCUAGGUGUACGAUGUAUGCGAUAUAUGAUUGUUGUUCUAGUUUUAACGAAGUUUUACAUAGAUUGUACUUACCUACUACCUACGAACCUAAACUAUUGAACUAUGGCUUAGAGAUACCGAAAACCCAAGAGAAAAUCUAGUGAAAUCAAGUGAUAUUGAGUGAGAUCAAAAACGAUUUUAGCUAAACGUGAACGUGAACAAAAUUCAAUGCACACCCAAUGUAAAUGGAAGUUGAGAAAAGUUUUAACUUUACUUUUAACGCGAAAGUUGUAGGUUGUAAGAGACACUGUAAAUAAGAGUCUAGCAAAUUAAGCGAUAAGGAAGGAUAUCUUUCAAAUUUCUCCAACACGCAUAAAAGACAUUAAUCUACUUAUAAUUCUAGAUUAUCCCUUAUCCCAACCCCCACCCACAAAUACAGACAGACAAUGAGAGUUCAAAAUCCGAACUUUGAACUCCAACAAAACACACACAAACACUGACACUCAGACACACACACAGCAGUUUUAUAUAGGCCUAGGGUAUACAUAGUUAUUAUAUACAAGCAUAUAUUAAAUUAAAUGGUACAACAGUAAAUCUGCCAGUAAUUUGAAGAACAACAAGAAUCACACGUUUUCCAUUUGGACAGUGAGCUAAUGUACUACAACUACAACAAAUUGAUCAAUUGAUUCAACGUUUUUGAGGCCAAAUGCCGCCGGGUGGUAUGUUAUAUUGACAAUGGCGUAACUUAAUCUAGUUUAAUGUAAACCAAAAAGCAAAACCAAAUGAAAAAACUCACGUUUAGUCUAAUACCUUACGACCCUUUCCACUCCUCUCGGCCACUCACAAGUCCCGCAGAUUCGGACCGAAAUUUGGAAGAUGGAAACUAUUAGCAAUUCUUAUGGUUGUAUUCGCCAGUUAUAGUACUACAGAAAAAUCAGGUGCUGUAAAUGAAAUGGGAGAUAUACAAAUCAUCAUCUAUUGACACCCACUAUUCCCUUUCCCUGGCCUUGUGUUCGCAAUAGCAUUAGUAACCAAUAGUCAUAGAAUAAGUUGACGGACGACAUAAUUCUUGCAUAUUUUUCGGUGUUAUAUACAAUAAGCGUAAGCAGAUAUACAUAAAAAGCAAAUACAGCUACAGCAGCCCACCAUAAAGCACCUUCGAAAACUGUUUGUUGUGGGUCUUCAGAGCCGUUUAAACUUUAAAGACUUUCUCGCGUACAAAUACAAAACCGAAUACCUACGAAUACCCUUUCAAUCUGUAAUGGCCAUCCUUUGUUGUGUGCGUUUUCCCCUCAAAAGUCUUUCGUUUCUAUUACCAUUUCCGUUUCCGACUGAGUUCGUCCAAACUAUUCUGUUCGAUUCUGUUCUAUGCUCAAAUGCCUUCAAGCGUAAGUCUUAAGUAUUAUUAAAUAAAGUAUCAACAAAUGAGUGUUUAUCCUUAAGUAAGUGUUCAAAUCUAGAGUAAAACGCUAGCCUUUAAGUUGACAUGUGUGUGCACUUUGUUGCUUUUCAAAAAAAGUUUCCUAAAGACAAAGAAAGGAUAAAUGUAAGGUUAAGCAACUGCUCGAUCGUCUAGUCAAAUGCAGUAGAUAUAUCUACUAUCACCUAACUUAUUUAUAUUUUAUUUUAAGUUUCAUUUUCUGUGCCAAAAUGUUUAUCGUUUACCAAUUAAAUGAUUUCAACUGUUUCAUUUUUCACACCAUCGUCUUGUCUUUUUAUUUAUCUACUAUAAUUCCUAGUUAAACCAAUAACAAACAAAAUAGUAAAGGACAAUCUGUGACACUUGUUUCCAAGCGAUAAUUUCCGGAAUCAUCUGCAAGAACUCCGCCUCACUCACUUUAUUCAAAAACUCUGCGUUGUGAUUGUUCAUUAAGCGAAUGUAAAGAUAAACUGUAUUUAUGCAAUACAAAUACGUAUUUGAAAAUAAUAACCUGUAUAUAGAUGGCGGCCCAAGCGGUUCCAGCUUCCUCAAAAAGCCAAACUAAUUCUAGCUCAAACGUCGAAUUCACUCGAAUCAUCAGUAUAUAUACAAUUUGCAUUCCAAUUCGAAGACACUAUAUAGUUGCAUUUUGUAAAUCAUACAACCCUAAAUGUCAUACCGAAUAUUAAAAUUAGAAACGCAACAGAAUUACUUCGAAAUACAAUACAAAAAACCUUUUGAAAUUGAAAACGAUUGAUAAUAGCUAUUAGACAUAUCAAUUUUAUUUAAACCGAAUUGAGAAAUCCAUUCAAAAAAACAAAAAAAAAAAAAAUAUAUAUGUAUACAUAGUCCUGUGCAUGUUUGCAUUCCUGUUUAGCCAAAUAAGAGACAUUUUAAGCGUCAUCGCAGUAUUUACAGGAUCUUCUGUGAGGCUCUUCUCUGGAAUCUUUGCUUUCAAUGCGGAAUCUCAGAGUAUUUAGACUGACGAGUAAUAAAACAAUACGAAAUUACAAGAUAUUACUGUGGACGCAUUCCAUAAAACCUUCGUUUCUGUGCCAAAAUUUAAAUUAAAGACGCGUUGUAUUGCGAGACAAACUUUACCGCUCAGUAUUAUCGAAAUGCCCGAUUUACGAUGCAAAACGAUCGAAAAAAGUCGGGCAGAUCGGCCCUGGUAUGAUUAAGUACCAUAUACAAAAACUACACAAAUCUACGAUGUAAGUUUUAACUGUAAUAUGCAAUGAAAAACACUUUUAUAAAGAAGCAAACUGUUACUUUAUGGCAUUUAGUUGAGAUGCUGUAACCUCUUGUUGAUCGUAAAUUGUACUUAGCUUGUAAUACAUAUUUAACUCGCAGACACCCACACCUACACACAUGAUUACAGCAUAAACAAAUACAAAAAAUAUAAAUGUAUUUAUACAGUGCUAAUACUAAUAUUCUGAUAUGAACGAAUAUUUUAUGGUACAUCUACAUAUGUACAUAAGAGUAAAUGUUUUCAUGGUUGUAAACUGAUGAUCAAAAAUAGAUUUAAACAAUUUUACAUGCUUUUAUUUAAAUGCAGUAUUACUUCGAUCUUGCUUUACACUUUUUGGUACCUAAUAAUAUAUAAAAAUAACGUCUCGUAUAAUGCAUUUCCUUAACGUUCGUUUACCAUCAUUGAUUGUGUUAAGCAGUCUAACAAUCUCACAAACGAUGCAAUGGAUAAGUAAAAUAUUUUCUGAACAUUACACACACACUUUGAUAAAAAAUGAUCCGUGUAAACGAUAUUUAAAAAACAAAAAAUCAUGAAUAUUCCCUCCAAAUAAUUUUUAAAAAAUUACGUAUUUGCUAGAAGUCAAAUCUCUGAUAACUGUAAUGGAAGGCGAUGUGUACUUUCUUGGGUACUUUAGCAUACUGAGAAGGAAGAGGGAAACUGUCUAUAAAAUGGAGGAAUAAUGUAUUUAGCAUGAUGUUACCAGUUACAUUUAACGUAAUUACAAUUACAAUGAUUAUUGUGUAUUGCAUGUGUAUGUGAAGUGUAUGAAAUUACAAAAGUAUAACUCUACAAAAAAGAGAAACUAUGGCACACUUUUGCCAUUUAAUAGUAGUCAAUUCUUCAAAACGCAUUAGGUUAUAAGUGGGAUGUGACAGCAUGAUGAUAUAUGAUAUAUAUGGACACUAUUUUCUAAACGUAUUACAACAAUAAUUUAUGAAUUUGUUGGUAAUUUUAUACAUAUAUAUACACAGUUACUUUUGUUAGCUAGCAAAACGACAACGACAACUUUAGGUAGCGCCGAGGUAGAUAAACUUUAUGAAUGUUGUACCCAACGCCCACGCCCCGGACACCCAAGCGAGAGCACACUGUACAGGCACAAACCUCUUGGCGGGAUGGGUCCUGGAUUCCCAGAGUCCUGGAUCCUGUCCCCUACCAAUCCUACCAAGCUAAUUAGGUCCGCGUCCCUCAACAAACACGUUUUCUCCUCAUCGACACUGUACACUGUACACUCUACACACUCCACACUCACUGAUUACAAUUUCUCUGUUGGAUCUGUUGUAGUCUGCCAUUUUUGGUGUGAUAUUCUAUUGGUUGUGGCGGUUAUUUUUAUAGCCGCUUUACACAUUGUUGCAUUUCUACUAAUCGUAACUGGCCUAAACUGGGUCACAAACAUGACAAACGAAAAAAAAAACGAAUACUGAAAAACCAAAAAUAAAAUUAAUAUAAUAUAACUUAUUCAAUUUCCUGUUGUUGUUUUCGGUUGUACAAUGGUUUUUAUUGAACUCGUUUUGACUAACUGUAACUAAUUGCCAAACUUUGUUAACUAUUUUAGUCCAUACAUACGUACAUACAUACUUUUAGGUUUAAGCACUUGUAAUUUAAUCGAACAUGAUUUGAGAAAACUUAAUGAAAACGAACUAAACUUACAAAAACACGAAACGAAAAUAAAAUGGUGGUCGUAACUAAU